AUGGCCCCGCAACUCGCUUGGAUUGGCCUCGGCAACAUGGGCAGGGCAAGUCUAGCCGACUACAACCUCGUGGAGAAAGGUGACCUUGACAAGCCUCUAAUUCUCUACAACCGUACCAAAGCCCGCGCCGAGGACCUCUCGCAGAAGCUUGGCACUUCCAAGACCAAAGUCGUCGAUAAUGUCAGCGAUGCCGUCAAGACUGCCGACAUUGUCUUCAUGUGUCUUGGCGAUGAUGCCUCAGUCAACACUACCGUGGAUGCUAUACUGCAAGAAGAUGUAAAAGGCAAAGUCAUUAUAGACUGCUCGACAGUACAUCCAGACACCACCAACGGCCUGGAGCAGCGCAUCAACGAGCACGGCGGAGAAUUCGUUGGCAUGCCUGUCUUCGGCGCCCCAGCCAUGGCAGAAAACGGCCAGCUAAUCUGCGUCGUAGCGGGCAAAAAGCCCGCUUGUGACAAGGUAACUCCCUACACCACAGGCGUAAUGGGCCGCACGACAAUCGAUUACUCGUCCCAACCCGCCGGCAACGCCACGCUCCUGAAGGUGAUCGGCAACACCUUCAUCCUAAACAUGGUCUCGCAGCUCUCCGAAGGCCACGUUCUAGCUGAGAAGUCCGGCCUGGGUGUCGAUAACCUGCAUACAUUCAUCUCUGCCUUGUUCCCUGGCCCCUACACAGCCUACUCGCAGCGCAUGCUAGUCGGCGACUACUACCAGCGCGAGGAACCGCUGUUCCACGUGGAUCUCGCACGAAAAGACGCGCGCCACGCUAUGGCAAUUGCGCAAAGUAGCGGCGCGGCGGAUAGCAUGAAGAUGCUUGCGCUUGCGCAGGCACGCUUGGAUGUCGUAAAGAGCGAGUUGGGCGAUAAAGGUGAUAUACCGAGUAUAUACGGGGCGGUGCGCAAGGAAAGUGGUUUGGAUUUUAAGAAUAAAGAUUAG